UUGUUUACAUUGCAAAAAACAUGAGAACCGAACCGAAUCGAUCCGGAUUCAGCUGAAACGCUUUUUUUUGUUGUUGUUGCAAAGAUCCACAACUUCCGAAACGGAUCUGUUUUCUCCCCCCCCCCUGCAGCGACGAAGAAAGACUGGGAGAAGAACUUUGUUUUGAUCGAGCUGACCCAAAAAAAUCAUCUGGGAGAAAAAGAUAGAAGAAGAAUAAGAGGAGGAGGAGGUGGUUGUGGUAGUAGUAGUAGAAGAUAUCAUUUAUAACUAGGUGGUGUGGGGGGUAAAAAAGGGAGAAUCUCGAGGGUCGCCAUUGUGUGUGGAAAACGAGAUACCCCGACACAGGCAACGGGGAGAGAUGGAUGUGAUGGGGAUCCCCGCCUAAGGAGCACAGAAAGGCGGGUGUUCUUUUGGUUUUUUGGGAUACUCGGAGUCCCCGAGGCCUCUGAGAGAGGAGGGGGGGAAGAGGGAUCCACUGCCGUCCGCCUCGAGCUCACAGCGUGCGCUCCAGUGUCCCCUCAUCUCAUCGUGGACAAUUAUCAACGCGAGGCACGAGGCUGUGCACGCGGCCUAGCCUGGGAGGGUCUGCAAAGUGCACCGGGGGGGGGGGGGACAACAGGGGGACGGCUUCAGGGUUAACAACUGGCCCCCUGUGGAUUGGAGGAGCGAGAAAAUAUAUAUAACUAUUACACCAUGAUGGAAGAAUUGCAUAGCCUGGACCCAAGGCGGCAGGAACUGUUGGAGGCUCGCUUCACUGGGGUCGGCGUGGCUAAGGGCUCGGGUCAAAAUCAGAAUGAAUCAUCCAAUCAGAGUCUAUGCAGUGUGGGCUCUCUGAGUGACAAAGAACUGGAGACACCUGAGAAAAAGGCAAACGAGCAGAGAGUAAGAAAGCGGAAAGCCGACCACUUUGACAGCAGCCAAGGUAAAGCAGGAGCAAGGGGACUUAAAAUUAGUGAUUAUUUCGAGUUUGCGGGAGGUAGCGGUCCUGGUACCAGCCCUGCAAGGGGGAUUCCACCAGUGGUCCGCUCUUCCCCACAACACUCCUUAUCCAACCCACCUGUCACGGUGCAGCAGGGAAGCCCUUCCUCCGUCAGCUCGGCCAACACAGAGCACUCGUCGUGUUCACUGAAGCCUAUUUCUCUUCACAUGCUCCACAAAGCCACACAGUCUGACCUUACUAUAGAGAAACUAACAGCAAUGGAGAACAACAAGAACUCCGACCUGGAGAAGAAGGAGGGACGGAUAGACGAUUUGCUGCGGGGAAACUGUGAUCUGAGGAGACAGAUUGAUGAACAGCAGAGAAUGCUGGAGCGAUACAAGGAACGCUUGAAUAAGUGUGUGACUAUGUCCAAGAAGCUACUGAUUGAAAAGUCCAAACAGGAGAAGAUGGCGUGCCGGGAUAAAAGCAUGCAGGACAGGCUUAGACUGGGUCACUUUACUACAGUGAGACAUGGUGCAUCUUUCACAGAGCAGUGGACGGAUGGAUACGCCUUCCAAAACCUUAUCAAGCAACAAGAAAGGAUCAACUCACAACGAGAGGACAUCGAACGGCAGAGGAAGCUGCUGGCCAAGCGCAAGCCGCCCUCCAUGGCCCAGACUCCGCCUCCAAGUCUGGAGCAAAACAAACGCAAAAGCAAGACCAACGGAGCAGAGAGUGAAGCGUUAUCACAGGCAGAGUACCACGAGCAAGAGGAAAUCUUUAAAUUAAGAUUAGGCCAUCUUAAGAAGGAGGAGGCUGAGAUCCAGGCGGAGCUGGAAAGGUUGGAGCGAGUGCGGAACCUGCACAUCCGCGAGCUGAAAAGGAUCCACAAUGAGGAUAAUUCCCAAUUCAAAGAUCACCCUACGCUAAAUGACCGAUACCUGCUACUUCAUUUACUUGGACGGGGAGGUUUCAGUGAAGUUUACAAGGCCUUUGAUUUAACAGAGCAGAGGUAUGCUGCAGUCAAAAUCCACCAGUUAAACAAGAACUGGAGGGAUGAGAAGAAGGAGAAUUAUCACAAACAUGCAUGCAGAGAAUAUAGAAUCCAUAAAGAGUUGGACCACCCACGAAUAGUUAAACUCUACGACUACUUUUCGCUCGACACUGACUCGUUCUGCACAGUCCUGGAGUACUGCGAGGGCAACGACUUAGACUUCUACCUGAAGCAACACAAGCUUAUGUCAGAGAAGGAGGGUCGCUCCAUCAUCAUGCAGAUUGUCAAUGCCCUCAAGUACCUCAAUGAGAUCAGACCACCCAUUAUCCACUACGACCUUAAACCUGGUAACAUCCUUCUGGUGAACGGCACUGCCUGUGGGGAGAUCAAGAUCACAGAUUUCGGCCUGUCGAAGAUCAUGGAUGAUGACAGCUACAACUCAGUGGACGGGAUGGAGCUCACGUCACAGGGAGCGGGGACAUACUGGUACCUGCCACCUGAGUGCUUUGUGGUUGGGAAGGAGCCGCCCAAAAUCUCCAACAAGGUGGAUGUGUGGUCUGUGGGAGUCAUUUUCUACCAGUGUUUGUAUGGCCGCAAGCCCUUCGGCCACAACCAGUCCCAGCAGGACAUCCUGCAGGAGAACACCAUACUGAAAGCAACAGAUGUGCAGUUUCCUCCUAAACCAGUAGUCACACCUGAAGCUAAGGCCUUUAUAAGGCGCUGUCUAGUCUACCGUAAAGAGGACCGCAUCGACGUGCACCAAUUGGCCAGUGACCCCUUCCUCAUGCCCCACAUCCGCAAGUCGGUGGCCUCCUCGGGCACCUCGGGCAUGGCGGUGGCCUCCACAUCCAGCUCCUCUAACAGCAGCGCCUCAAACUGAGCCCACACCCCUUAACAGACUGACUGAACUGUUUUUGUUUUUUGAAAGAGUGGGACGGGGUGGGAGCGACGCCAAUAUUGUGUGCCCCCCCCCACCACCUCCCAACAGCAUCCUACCUUGCCACGAAGAGCCUAAGAGAAUCUGGUCAGAAGACGGGCAAGGGGGUGUCGGUGAGAAGUCAUGGACGGGGGUUUGGUGAAGGGAGGCUCGCGUCACCCAUCAUCCCUCUCAUGUCCACCCACCCCAGCCUACCUGCGUUGUUCUGGGGGUCAAAGCCCUGGACGACUCACACAGCGAAGGGUGAGGUUUUGGCACUGUGUUGGUGAAAAGUGGGGUCCAGUGUUUCUUUUUUUGGGGGGGGAUUUUUUCUUUUCUGUUUUAAAAAAAAAAGAGAAAAUUAUAAAAGAAGUAUAGAACUGCUUCAGCUUGGCCAGAUGGAAAGGACUGCGGAAGGCCUCAUACCGAUACGCACUCACACACACGUACACUCAUGCAUGAGCCGUUCUGGUCCCCAGGUAGUCUCAACUCCCCAAAAUCAAACAUUUAGUUUGUUCUCAUCUCCCUGAACUCAAACCGAGAGAACCAGUCCGGCCUUGUUUAUUGUAUUGAACUCUAAAUAUCUGCGGCACUAUGUCAUCCAUCUUGGUGUUCUGGGAUCCCCCUCCCACCCUCCCCUGCCCCGCUUAAAAAUUCCAGAGCCAGAUAGUUUUGCGACGAGGAGGGAACAGAAGCUACUAACCCCUGUUACCCCCUACUGCCCUCCCAUCUCCUCGUCAAACUCCUGUGACCAAAGCUUAUAACUUCCAGCUGGUGGCAGUGUUCCACCUCCAGUUUUUAUAAUGAAUGGUUUUAGAGUCGUGUUACUUGAUAUGGAGUGGAAGCUGUUGAGGAAGGACCCCUUUUACAUUUUUUUAAGAAAACUUUUCAAUUUUACCAGUUUUAUGGAGAAAACUGUUGUGUUUUUUGAAGUUGCCUUUAAUUAGAACUGUUAUUGUUUUUUGAUUGACCCCCCUCCCCUCCACUCCCCCUUCCCCUCUCCUUGACCAUAAACACACAUAUUUAUUUAGGUAUGUUUGAAUUUAUUUUUGGCCAAUAAAAUGCAAGGGACUGGUUGUCCUAAUAGUACUGUCGGGGGGAGAUUGGGCCUUAGCAGAGAA